AUGCUGAUGCAUCCACCAGGCAUCGUGCGGAGGAGUCCGCACCCCUUCCCCGAAUGCAUCAGCGACUUCGCCUUCGCCGGCUGGAUCCCGGUCAUCGGGGAGCUGCAGAAACUGCUGGGGCAGGGGGAGUACAACCCCUUGUGCCCUGCCCCCCUCUUUGAGAGCAACUUCCUGCAGGUGACCAAGCGGGGCGAGCUGGUGGAUCUGCACAACCGCGCCAGCCUGGUGACCCUGGGCAUCGCCGCCACCAGCCCCGCCCUGCUCCUGCCCGACGUCAUGAUCAUCGCCCGCCCCACGGAGAGGCCCCAGGGGGAGCCGUUGGGCCCCAGGGGGGCUCACGUCCGGCCGGGGCUGGAGCUGACCCGGCUGAUCCCACUGGAGCUGGUGAGCCUCUACCUGCAUGACCUGGGGGAGCAGCGGCUGAAGUUGCGCCUGGCCACGGGGCGUGUCUACUACCUGCAGCUCUGCGCCCCCCGGGGGGAGGAGCGCCCGCUCUUCGCCCGCUGGCUACGCCUCAUCUACCUGCUGAGGGCCCCCUCGGACAGCUGGGCCAGCAUCCCCUCCUGGCACACCGCCGACCUGCGCGGGCGCAGCGCCAAGGCAGAACGUAGGGGGACAGGGGUCCGGACGCCCCACAUCACCCAGCAUAGGUAG